UCCAAGCUGAGCCUCCACCAGAGAGAGGAUCCUAGAGGAUAUGGUGCUGGGACUCACUGCGGCAGAGUAACACUAAUACAGAGACAAGAUCCCGGCUGAGGAGCUCGCUUGGUGUCUGUGACUGGCUUUAACUCCUCUCCUAGAGCUGGACCAUGAGCUGGCACCUGGGGGCCACACUGCUUCUCCUGCUGGGGCUCAUAGGCAGCAGCCAGUCUGCGGCUUGUAAUGGAUGUGGAACGAGCAAAUGUGACUGCAGUGGGGUAAAAGGGCAAAAGGGUGAGAGAGGCCUUCCUGGUUUACCUGGUAUAAUUGGUUUUCCUGGACUGCAAGGACCUGAAGGCCCACCUGGACCACUGGGACAGAAGGGUGACACAGGACAACCAGGAAUGCCAGGAAUGAAAGGAACUAGAGGUCCAGCUGGAUCUCCGGGAUUCCCAGGAAACCCAGGCAUUCCCGGGCUACCAGGACACGAUGGCCCUCCAGGACCACCUGGGAUUCCAGGGUGCAAUGGUACAAAGGGCGACAUCGGACCAGCUGGCCCCAUUGGACUUCCAGGAUUAAUAGGAUACCCAGGACCUCCUGGAAUACCAGGGAUGAAGGGUGACCCUGGUGAAGUGAUUGGAAUGCAGAUGGCCAUUCUGAAAGGAGAUAAAGGGUUUCCUGGACUCAAUGGAUUGCCAGGACCUCCAGGAAUACCAGGAUUCCCUGGCCCAGUGGGCCCACGUGGGCCACAAGGUCCUUUGGGGCCUCCGGGACCACCUGGCCCCCCAGGGCCAAAGGGAUCAAUGGGCUUAAGUUUUCAUGGACCAAAGGGUGAGAAGGGAGAGACAGGCGCUACUGGUUCUCCAGGGCCACCAGGCCCUUCCCCUCAGCCACAUGAUCAAGAUAAAGGAACAAUCAUUGUAUAUGGGCAUAAGGGAGAAAAGGGUUUUCCAGGCGAUAAAGGUGAACGUGGCGAUCCUGGUGAUUCAUCAAGCAUUAAAGGUGAAAAAGGAGAACCAGGAAAGUCAGGACCAAGAGGGAAACCGGGUAAAGAUGGCGACCAGGGUGAAAAGGGGCGGGAUGGCCUCGACGGUGUUUCAGGGUUACCUGGUCCCUCAGGAAAAGACGGAGAAAAAGGAGAUAAAGGAGACGUUGGCCCACAGGGACCUCCAGGAAUUGUGAUACAUGAUGGGAUGGAGACAGUUUCUGGAGAGAAAGGAGAACGUGGACCACCUGGAUUUCCUGGACUUAAAGGCGAUAGAGGUCCUAAAGGUAAUCAAGGUAACUCAGGCUACCCUGGAUCUCCAGGUGUGAGUAUUGCUGGACCUGCCGGGGACCCUGGUUUUCCUGGUGAAAGAGGUGAAAAGGGUGAAAGCGGUAGACCAGGAUUAUCUCUUCAGGGACCAAAAGGUAAAGAUGGUCUUCCUGGUCCUCCUGGUUAUCCUGGUCCUCCUGGAAUAAUAGAUACAAGCAUUGAAUGUGCACCUGGACAACCUGGUGAGAAAGGUGCAUCUGGAAGGGAUGGGCAACAAGGUUUCCAAGGAGAAAGGGGUCAGAAAGGUGACAAAGGAGAUUCAUGUCCAACUUGUGAUUUAAUUUCACCAGCACUUCCUGGGCCCCCAGGUCCCCAGGGUCCUCCCGGAGAAAAAGGGUCCUCUGGCCUGCCUGGAAUCAAGGGAGAAAAAGGUUUAAAUGGAUAUGAUGGGUUACCAGGAUUAACUGGAUCUCAAGGUCUUCCAGGGCUGAGGGGCAGCCCUGGGGCCAAAGGGGAGCCUGGAGAAGUCUUUUUUGAACCAAGAUUAAAAGGAGAUAAAGGAAAUGCUGGAAUCCAAGGACAACCAGGGACACCUGGGAAGGAGGGAAGGCCAGGAAGAGAUGGAGCUCCUGGAGCACCGGGUUCAAAGGGUGUGUCGGCAGUGUUUGGGGCUAAAGGUGAUCGUGGACCUCCUGGAGACCAAGGAUUUCCUGGUACAACAGGUGAACGAGGCUUCCCAGGAGCUACAGGAUUUGGACAAAUUGGUCAACCUGGAGACAAAGGAGAGGAAGGGCUACCUGGAUAUUCAGGUCCUCCAGGUUCUCCAGGAAGCAAAGGAGAACCUGGAAAAGUCAUUUUAAAGACUGGACCACCAGGACCAAUGGGAACUGCAGGUUCACCCGGAUUUCCAGGAGAACAAGGUGAAAAAGGGUCUUCUGGACUUCCUGGAAGACCUGGCUUUCAAGGAGAAAAAGGUGAACAGGGUAUACAAGGUGUGUCAUACCCUGGGUCCCCGGGUGAAAAAGGUUACCAGGGUAUGCCAGGACCCAAAGGUCUCGAUGGUGUUCCUGGUUCUCGUGGUCUAGAUGGUAUUCCUGGUUUACGAGGAACAAUUGGACAAAAGGGUGAGCCAGGGUUUGGUCUACCUGGGCAAAAAGGUUUACCAGGGCCUCCAGGACCUUCAGGCUUACCUGGAGAGAAAGGAAAUCAAGGUGCAUCGGGUAUUCCAGGAGAACAAGGUCUGCCGGGUGUCCCUGGUCAUUUAGGAGUUAAAGGUGAUACAGGACCUGCAGGUGCACCAGGUAUGCAAGGACCCCCUGGUAUUCCAGGAAUGGGUCCACCAGGUCAACAAGGAAUGCAAGGUCCACAAGGACCACCAGGACUAACAGGAUCUGCUGGAGCAAAAGGAGAUCGAGGUUUUCCUGGUUACCCUGGUUUAGAUAUGCCUGGGCACAAAGGAGAUAAAGGAGAGACAGGCUUUCCUGGGGCCACAGGGACACCAGGACAAAGUGGCCAACCAGGCAUACCAGGGAAAGAGGGGAUUCAAGGUGUUCCUGGUCCAAAAGGAGAGAUGGGAGUUAUGGGAACUCCAGGAAGUGUUGGCCAACCAGGAGCACCAGGAAAUCCAGGGCAACCAGGGCCAAAAGGUGACACUGGUGUACCUGGCUUCCCUGGAGAGUCUGGUUCUUUCGGUGACAAGGGUGAAAAGGGUGAAGCAGGAUUGCCAGGAGCCCCAGGUUCUAUGAAAGAAUUAGACAUGGAUGCUAUGAAGGGUGUCAAAGGAGAGAAAGGAGAUAGAGGAUUAUUUGGAUUAGAAGGAGAUAAAGGGGCCCAGGGUGACCUGGGGAGCCCUGGAAUGCCAGGAGUGCCUGGAGAAUCGGGAAUGCCAGGAAAGCCAGGCCCAAAAGGUGAAAAGGGAUUUCAUGGACAACCAGGUUCUCCAGGAUCACCAGGUCUUAAGGGAUCAAUGGGAGAAAUGGGAUUGCCAGGUCCAACUGGACAAAAAGGUGAACAAGGUAUUCAAGGUACCGCAGGACUGAAAGGCUCAGAGGGAGUUAGAGGUGACAAGGGUGGGAAAGGCGAAGAAGGUCGUCCAGGUGUUGGCUUUCCAGGGCCUCCAGGUUUCAAGGGCGAGCCUGGAAAAGAGGGAUCUCUAGGUUUGACAGGUGACAGGGGUGAAAAAGGAGACAUAGGCCUUCCAGGAUUUCCAGGCACAACUGGCUCUAAAGGAUCUCCAGGCUCUCCAGGUUUCCCAGGCAAUCCUGGACUUCCAGGAGAAAAGGGCAUCAAAGGACAUCCAGGGUUAGAUGGAAUUCCAGGUUCCAGAGGACAAAAAGGUGAAAUUGGUGUUCAAGGCCCUGCUGGCUCCAUAGGUGAAAAGGGUGAAGCUGGGCAAGAUGGUAUUCCAGGGUCACCUGGUGAUAAGGGCGAUCAAGGUUUACCUGGAAAAGGUCUUCAAGGAUAUCCAGGGGAACAUGGAGAGAAAGGAAUUAAAGGUGACAUUGGUUUUCCUGGCUUGCCUGGCAGCCCCGGUGCUCCUGGAAUCAAAGGUGAUCAAGGAUUUCCCGGAAGUCAAGGCAAUCAAGGGCCACCGGGAUUCCCUGGUCCUCAAGGAAUAGCUAUGGAAGGACCUAAAGGUGAAAGAGGACCACAUGGUCAGCCAGGAUUUCCAGGUUCUCCAGGACCACCAGGUGUGCAAGGUGUACCAGGCCAAGAUGGACAUAAAGGAGAAAAAGGAGACAGGGGGUUGCCUGGAGUUUCUGGUUUUCAAGGAAUCAAAGGAGACAAAGGAUUGCAAGGACUUCCGGGAGAUGCAGGGUUUCCAGGUAUAACAGGUCAAAAGGGUGAUGCAGGCUCUCCAGGAAUUCCAGGGUUCCCAGGUUUUAAAGGUGCACUUGGGCCUCUAGGAGAGAAAGGAGAAAGUGGUGAUAGGGGUCUACAAGGACCAAAAGGUAUACAAGGCCCACCAGGUCCUGUUGGUGCAUUCCAAGUCUUUAAAGGGGAACCUGGUAAUCCUGGACCCCAGGGCCCUGCUGGACCAAAAGGGCUUCCUGGAUUCCUUGGUCCAAAAGGAGAUCAAGGAAUAAAAGGAGAAGCUGGAUUGCCUGGACCACAUGGGGUAUCUGGUACAGAUGGCAUACCAGGUCACAAAGGUGAAAUUGGGCCAACUGGACCAGCUGGUCCAAGAGGAUAUCCUGGCCCACCGGGUUCUGAAGGUUUGCCUGGCCCAGUUGGAUUACCUGGGACACCAUCCAUGGCUCAUGGCUUCCUUGUUACACGACACAGUCAAUCAGUUGAUGAACCUCCAUGUCCUACUGGAACACAACCAGUGUAUACUGGUUACUCACUGCUCUAUGUACAAGGAAAUGAAAGAGCACAUGGCCAGGAUUUGGGCGCUGCCGGAAGUUGUAUGCGUAAAUUUAGCACUAUGCCUUUCCUGUUUUGCAAUAUUAACAAUGUAUGCAACUUUGCAUCAAGAAAUGAUUAUUCCUACUGGUUGUCUACGCCCGAACCGAUGCCUAUGAGCAUGGCUCCUGUCACAGGCGAUGCAAUUGAACCUUUUAUCAGCAGAUGUUCUGUUUGCGAAGCACCUGCAAUGGUGAUGGCUGUUCACAGCCAAACUAUUCAGAUUCCACAAUGUCCAGAAGGUUGGAUAUCACUUUGGAUUGGGUAUUCAUUUGUAAUGCAAACCAGUGCUGGGGCCGAAGGUUCUGGACAGGCUUUGGCUUCUCCAGGGUCAUGCCUGGAAGAGUUCCGCAGUGUCCCAUUCAUUGAGUGCCAUGGGCGAGGUACCUGCAAUUACUAUGCCAACACAUACAGCUUCUGGCUUGCAACUAUAGAAAGAAAUGAAAUGUUCAAAAAACCGACCCCUUCCACCCUCAAGGCUGGAGAUCUCCGCACACACGUCAGCCGUUGCCAAGUCUGCAUGAGAAGGACAUAAUGACAUAAAAUUUUCCAAUUUAUGGUGCUACUUGUUUAACAUGAAAAAACUCCAAAUACUAUAUCCAUGUACCUCACUAUUGUACAAUAAGAAAGCAGCGAAGUGCAUAAUAGGACCACGCAAUACUAACUCUGUUUUACUGGUUCUUGCUCACCCAAGGAAGAAAGACCAUCAUGAGAAGCUUCAGUUAUGACAUGCAAAAUGGCACUUUUCAUAAAUUAAGUUGCAUAACGUAUAUAGAAUAUAAUGCACUGAUGCUAUAAAGCAACAGAAGCUGAUUUCCUAAUUCAUAAGGUGCUAGGAGACAUACAGUACCUUAUGCUGUCUACUCCUCUUACUCUAUUGUAUUAUAAUUAUAGAUUCUGUUUCAGAAAUAUAAAUAUUUGUUGCAAUCAUUGUA